CUUAAAGAUACUACCUGAGGCAUCAAAGAAACGAGAACUGGCUGAACUCGGACCCUGGAAAAGAUCCAUAGUAAACCAUUUUUGGUGGAGUUGCCAACAAGCAAAAGGAUAUGUAGAGCGGCUAAAGACAAUUUGGAUUGGAGUCUUGCACCAUGUAAUUGGUGAACACGAGUGGGCAACGGGUAGAUGUAGUCAUAGUGAGCUGGCAAAUGAUGACUGGCUACAGAGUGGAAAGCGUGCACUACAUGUCAAUUCACCAUCAAUGAAAUUCUUGAGAAAGGUUGUGCUUGAUCCUAAGUGGCUUAGGUCAAUGACCCAUUAUGUACGAUGUCGCCAAACAAGUGCGCUUGAAAACUAUCACAAUUUAAUCCUUAAAUAUGCUUCCAAAAGAAUAGCAUUUGGGUAUGAAGCCUCCAAGGCCUGUUGUUUGCUAGCGGCCAUGGAUCAUAAUGAGCACACAACUCUGGAACAGGCUAUAACAAAAGCAACAAGACAACCAAGAUUUCACCGGAAGUUUAAUAAAUAUUUCCAGCAGUGGACUGUAAGGAAGGUGAAGGAAAGAAAACAGUACAAUCACGUAACUGGGAUAAUACAUACGAUCACAGAAAAGCGAAUGGAAGAGGAAGAGUCAACUCAUCGUCACACAAUGUUUUUACAGCAAAACCCCCAACACAUUGCUCAAACUACUGCUCCAGUUAGUCCACCAUCAACUGCUGAUCUGGCAGAAAGGCAGUGUAGUAGGACAGGUACAGUUUAGGUUACCUCACCAUUCUUGUGCUACCACAAUGACUGCCAUUGUGUUUGUUAAUACUGCUGUUGUGUUGUAUUGUUGCAUCACUGAUAUAAAUGUAUAGGUUUACAGCAUCUCACCAGGCCAUAGUUGCAUAGGCUCAAGUAAUACAGUAAAUACAACCAGACUCUUGACACAUCUGAUCACACAGGAUGAUGCAACACAUCUGUGUCCUCUGCCCAAGUGAAAGUCACUAGCUGAUUUGCUAGCCUGUUCUUCACCGAUAUAUAGACGAGAGUACAUACACACGAUGGAUGGCAGAAAGGCGGUAGAAAGGUGGGCAGGUAGGACAGCAACUGACCCACAAAAGGUAUACUCAGGAUCCAGUCACCUGUUGAAACUUUCUCUGGCACUUUUGCAGCAGAUGUAUUAAAACAAUAAACUACAGGAAGAUAUGACUCUGCCACAAGUACCAAGAGUCUGUAUUCUUGUGUUUUGCUUGGUGUUGUCUUGUUUUGCAGUCUAUGAUGGGUGCCAGCUGUCAACAAGAAAUAUGUAGAGCGUUUAAAGGCAAAUCAUGAAUGCAGUGACUCAAAAUUGAUGGCAGACUAGCACAGUAUAGUGCUGUAUAUAAACGUCUUAUCCAGACAUGAAGGACCAGUAAGUAGUACUUCACUAGUGAUGGAUGGCAGAUGGAUAAGGAAAGGGUCGUUGUUGUGUAUCAGCUAGUGAAUAUCUAUAGGGUAAGUAUUCAAACCAGUCAGAAUUGUUACAUACUUGUGUUUCUUUCAGUUAGUGCCAAGCUAACAACAAGUUGCCUAGGGUUAAUUGACAUGAGAAUUGCAGUUAUUUGCUGUAGCUGAAUUAUACUGACAACGACAUAAAAUUUCACAGUUUGCAUGCAUCUAAAUUCUAAGAAUACACAACUACUACUAA